CACACACGAAUGACUAAUGUCGUGCUAUUCUUCAGUCAUCAUCAUACCAUUAACAAAUAAACGAUAGUAAUGUUUCUGCUCUACGAAUAGUAAGACUUUCAAGGAUAUUGAGAUUAAGAAGAGUUCCUCGCAACAAUUAAAAAUGCUACGCACGUUAAUUUUGAUUGCUGUCUUGAUCACAGUGAAAGGAGACGAAUGUAUACCACGUUCAUUCGGAAACAAUUCUAUAGUAUGCGUCUGUAAUUCGACGUAUUGCGAUACAGUAAGCAAGCAAAAAUUACAACAGAAUCAGCUUUUAUGGUAUACAUCCACUGAAGAUGGCAAAAGAAUGCAAUCGUCCGUUAUGAAUUUCACCGCCAAAAAUGAAUCCGAUCUGGUUCUCACAGUGGACGUUAAUCAGAAAUUUCAAAAGAUACAAGGAUUUGGCGGGGCAAUGACCGACGCCGCCGCACUCAACAUUAAAACUCUUAGUAAUAAAACUCAACAAAUACUACUUGAGUCGUAUUUUGGUUCCAACGGUAUCGGAUACACGUUUACUCGUAUACCUAUCGCAGGUACCGAUUUCUCAACGAGACCAUAUACAUAUGACGACGUACCCAAUGAUUUUACGUUAAGUCAUUUCAAACUUGUGGAGGAAGAUGACUUCAAAAUCGAAUAUCUACAUUAUAUCAAAAAUAUUAUGUCUGAUGAGCUUAAAAUCAUAACGACUGCAUGGAGCGCGCCUGCGUGGAUGAAAAAUUCUAAAAGUAUAACUUGGGGUACUUUAAAAUCUGAAUAUUAUCAACUUUACGCUGAUUAUAUCCUAAAGUUCUUUGACGCAUAUAAGGAACGUGGUAUAAAUAUAUGGGGCAUAACACCUGGCAAUGAACCAUUGGAUGGAUUUAUCCCAUUCUUCCCUUUCAAUGCCAUGGGUUGGACGCCCACCACUUCUGCGGCUUGGACCGUGGAACAUUUAGCUCCGACUUUGGCUAAUGCUGGAUAUAAUCCUCUCUACGUAGCGAUGGACGAUCAACGCUUCGAAAUCCCGUGGUUUACCGAGUUGAUGUUUGAGUAUCCAAAAACUAAAGAACUGUUCUCUGGCACUGCAGUCCAUUGGUACGCUGAUGAAAUGUUUUCACCGCUUAGACUAACUCAAUUGCAUGAUAAAUAUCCAGACAAGUUUAUACUGAUGACCGAAGCAUGCACCGGUAGCAGUCCCUUAGACAAAGAAAAAGUAAUAUUAGGAUCAUGGGAACGAGGACAAAAAUAUGCCUUAGAUAUAAUCGAGAAUUUAUCACAUUGGAUGGUUGGAUGGAUAGAUUGGAAUAUGGCACUCAAUGAGUAUGGAGCACCAAAUUGGGCAAAAAAUUAUGUGGAUUCACCAAUCAUCGUAAUGCCGCAAACAGACGAAUUCUAUAAGCAGCCUAUGUUUUACGCAAUUUCUCAUUUUAGCCAAUUUGUGCCACGUAACUCUUACAGGAUACUAUCUACAGGUCUUGAAGACAAUCCAAACAUUAAAACGAUAGCGUUCUUGACGCCCGAACAAUAUAUUGUUGUCGUGGCUGUUAAUAAAGCUUACACUGCUUUCACUAUAACAGUAAAAAAUAAGAACAAAAACAACGUAGUAAAUGUACACUUACCUGCCAAGUCUUUCAAUACAUUGUUGUAUUUGGCGCAAGAAUAAUGCAGAAAUUUGUAUUCAAAUUAUAAAAAAAUAUACAAGUCUUCUUUACUUUUCUUACAAACUAAAAUCAUAAAACUAACAUUGUUCCACACUUUGUGUUGAACUUUUCACAAAGAAACAAAGAUUGUAUGUUAUACGAAGUUGUAUGUUCUAUGGUACAAUAAAAAUUAAUAAUUGUCUUUUA